GUGAAGUUCCGGCUAGGACUAUCAAGGCCAGUAAGAGUGAUGGUGAAGCUGUUGUUAGCUUUAGAUAUGUUCAUUGAGUGUUGCUGGUUGAGGUCCUUUCUGCUUUGAGUUUGCGACUCGAGACGAUUGCGUGGUGUGGCUCGACCAAUGGGUCUCAUUUUAUGAUAGAGUGUUGAUGCUGGUGUGAUACAAUGGUACCAUGUGGCACCAUAUUCGCUCUCCAUUCUCUUCGCAGUCUGAAAUUAAACACAGCACGGAGCAGGAUUGCUGGAUUGCUGUGAGCUCGAAGGUAUGGGAUGUUACCGACUUCUUGAGCAUACAUCUAGGAGGCCCUGCAGUCAUCCUGAAAUAUGCCGGAGGAGAUGCGACAGAAGCGUAUGAGGAAAUCCACGCACCAGGAAUUCUCGAAGAAACACUCGACCAGUCCAAGUUCAUUGGCAAUCUUGCGGCUUCAAUCGACAUCCCUCAAGCAGCCACAGUUCCAAAAGCCACAGAAAACGUUCAGAAUGAAGAGAUUCCUGAGCCGAUACGAGAGUCGGUCAAAGUUGAGACUACACCGUAUCAAAAACCACCACUCUUCACCCUCAUCUCAGCGCCCGACUUCACCGCCGUAGCAGAACAAGCUCUCACGCCAAAAGCAUGGGCAUUCUACUCCUCAGCAGCAACAGACCUCAUCACCCAUCGCCUAAACAAAGCCCUUGUCCGACGGAUCAUGAUGCGGCCGAGAAUUCUGCGGAACGUCAAAAGCGUCUCCAUCAAGCGCAAAGUUCUUGGGCACGACUCUUCAGCACCGUUUUUCAUCUCGCCUGCAGCGAUGGCAAGACUAGCACAUAAGGAUGGAGAGCUGGCACUUGCGCGAGGAGCUUCGAAAGAGGGGAUCAUUCAGUGUAUCUCGAGCAAUGCCUCGUAUCCACUAGGGAGUAUUGUUGGAGCUGGGCACAAAGGUCAAUCGUUCUUUCUGCAACUGUACGUCAAUUCAGAGCGGGAGAAAACGGCCGAGCUGCUGCGCAAGGCCCGAGAUUUGGGUAUCAAGGCCAUUUUUGUGACUGUCGAUGCACCCGUUGCUGGGAAGCGAGAAGCAGAUGAGCGACUAGCUGCUGAGAAUGUGGCAUCGGCUGUCAGUGGUGCGGUCGCGGGUAAUGACAAGAAGGGUGGAGGUAUGGGGAGACUCAUGGCGCAGUAUGUGGAUAAGGAACUGGUUUGGGAGGACAUCAGUUGGAUUAAGCAGGUGUCUGGACUGCCAGUUGUGUUGAAAGGUGUCCAAAGCGCUGCAGAUGCUCAGCUAGCUGUCAAGUAUGGAUGCAAGGGGAUCAUGGUCAGCAAUCAUGGAGGAAGGACUCUGGAUGGAGCACAGCCAUCUAUAUUGGUACUUCUCGAGAUCCACCAGAUUUGUCCCGAGGUCUUGGACAAGUUGGAGGUUUUCGUUGACGGCGGCUUCGAGCGAGGGUCUGAUAUUCUUAAGGCACUUGCCCUUGGAGCUACGGCUGUCGGCGUGGGAAGACCAUAUUUGUACUCUCUGAUGUAUUCUACAGACGGUGUGGAGCAUCUUACACAAAUUUUGAAGGACGAGCUCGAGACAGCAAUGAAGUUAUGUGGGAUUACGAGCAUUGACGAAGCACAUCCCGGUCUCCUCAACACGCGGGAUAUUGACCACCUUGUGUCUAAUGGUGAUACACAUCCACAUAUCAAGUGGAAGCCAAGAUCGAGAUUGUAA